AUGGUUGGACCAGGAAGACCUCAAAUCGUACUUUUCGGUUCUUCAAUUGUUCAAUAUAGCUUCAGCGAUAAUGGUUGGGGAUCAACACUCGCUAAUAUCUACUCUCGCACGGCUGACAUUAUCCUUCGUGGAUAUGCUGGUUGGAAUUCCAGAUUUGCCUUGAAGGUCCUUGACAAAGUUUUCCCAAAGAAUGCUGUAAUACAACCUUCUUUGGUGAUAGUCUAUUUUGGUGGGAACGAUUCGAUGAAUCCUCAUCCAUCAGGGCAUGGCCCUCAUGUUCCUUUAACUGAAUUCAUCGAUAACAUGAGGAAAAUUGGGGAACAUCUUUUGAGCCUUUCGGACAAGACUCGUGUCAUUUUUCUCACUCCGCCGCCUAUGAAUGAGAGACAAAUCGAACGAGUUUUCGGGGAUGCAAUGAGUGGCCGGAGUAAUGAGUUGUGUCGUCCGUAUGUAGAAGCGCUGUUAAACCUAUGCAGAGAGAUCAAUGUGAAAGGUAUCGAUCUUUGGACCGCAAUACAACAGGAGGAUGAUUGGUUGAACAUUUGUUUCACAGAUGGGAUCCAUUUCACAGCGAAGGCAAGCGAGAUUGUCGUGAAGGAGAUAUUGAAAGCAGUGAGAGAAGCGGAUUGGAAACCGAGUCUUUACUGGAAAUCAUUACCGGUUGAGUUUCCAUUUGAUUUUGAUGUUCCAAACUCCAUAAGCCUUUGUGAUCUUAAUUUAACUAGAAACAAGCAGUUGGAGUCACAACCUGGUACGGCCCGAUUGUAA